AUGGAGAAGCUGGAUUUCAGCCAGGCGGCGCAGAACGCGCAGGCUAUUCCCCACAACCAGCAGGAGAAGCAGAUGCAAGAGGAGGCCAAGCGCGAGGGCAUCUUGGAGGCCAGGCGCAUGACCAUGCGCACGCUGCUCACUGUGGACGCACAGGAAAGACUUAACCGCAUCUCAAUGGUCAAGCCGGAGAAGGCUGCCCAAAUCGAGAACUACCUCAUGCAGACGGCCUUUAGAGCCGGUAGGAGCCACAAAAUGGACGACGCCGAGCUGAAAAAUCUCAUCGAGUUGGUGGAAGCGAAGGGGCAGCGCCUCGGGCAUAUGCAGUCGCAUAUGUUGGCGUAA